AUGUUACUCUGGGAGACAUUGAGGCUCUAUGGCCCCAUAUCAUUCCUGCAGAGGAAGACAGCCUCAGACACAAUCCUCACACAUGUGAAGGUGCCGAAAGGAACGAUGAUAACGAUACCUCUGGUGAUGUUGCACCAGGACAAAGAGGUCUGGGGACCCGACGCCGACGAGUUUAACCCAAUGAGGUUCCAGAAUGGCUUCGCGAGAGCCGCCAAGCAUUCACAUGCACUGCUGGCCUUCUCGUAUGGGCCUAGGGUCUGUGUCGGGCAGAACUUUGCCAUGGUGGAGGUGCAGAUCGUCAUAGCGACGAUGCUCAAAAGUUUCUCCUUCUCCCUGUCCCCCACUUAUGUGCACAAGCCGAGCAAUUUCGUCACAUUGACGCCCAAGUACGGGCUCCCUCUCAUCGUGAGGAACCUGCAGCUGACUAGGUGA